CUCAAGCAGUGUGCUGUUGAUGUUUUUAUCUCUGACGUGUCUUAGCCGCUAGUCUGUUAAUUUUUAGGUUUAAAGUUUAAAGACAUUUAGUUUUUAAGCGUGCUAGUAAGGUGCAUCAAAAUGAUUCAAAGCGCAUUAGAUGAAUUACGGCGAAUGAACAAACGCCAGUUCAUUUACCAAUGCCUCAGUUUUGGAAUGAUUGUAUCAUCAGCCCUAAUGAUAUGGAAAGGUUUGAUGGUAGUCACAGGUAGUGAAAGCCCAAUUGUUGUAGUUUUAAGUGGUAGUAUGGAACCUGCAUUUCACAGAGGAGAUCUGUUAUUCCUCACCAAUUUUGAAUCGGAUCCUGUUCGAGUCGGAGAAAUUGUAGUUUUUAAAGUUGAAGGAAGGGACAUUCCUAUUGUACAUCGAGUUGUCAAGCUUCAUGAGGGGAGAAAUGGAACUGUUAAAUUUUUAACGAAAGGUGACAAUAACUCAGUAGAUGAUCGAGGACUGUAUGCACCAGGCCAACUAUGGCUAACUUCCAAAGAUAUGGUCGGUCGAGCUAGAGGUUUUCUCCCGCAUGUUGGAAUGGUCACUAUCUACAUGAAUGAGUAUCCUAAAUUCAAGUGUGCUGUUUUGGCGGCAUUAGGAUUGUAUGUUCUUGUACAUCGGGAAUAGCGUAACACUUCCAUGUUAGGCCCUUUAAACAUCAAAACACUCCAGAAGCUUGUCUUCUUUACUUGGCUAUAUUCACUGAAGUUGAGUUCUUUCAUUAAUAAUAAGAUUGUGUUAACUUUUAAAAGGAAGAAGUUUCUUCAGAUCGUAAACUUGCACAAAUUAAUUUAUAUUAUAUUUAACUGUUUGCGUUAAAAUCAUGUCAGGAUGGAAUACUAUUCAUUGUGGUAGCUAUUCCAUUACAAAUAAUGAGAAUUGUUUUGGUUAUAAUUUUAAAGAUCGUUUUUAAAAACGUACAAGCAUCAUCUGAUUCUGUAUAGUUAGAUAAGUCAGCAUUUAACUGUAGCUUAUCUAAUCUAUCCAAAUUAUGAAAUUGUAAUAUAUUGUUUUAGUCUAGUUUUGCUAUCCAUGUAGUUUACGUAUUUUUUUUCUUUUAAAUAAAAAAUUGGAAAUCAUAAUCCUUUUAUUGUCAUUAAUGUUUGCAUGGAUACCAUAACUGACUAAAUAUUGCGAGUUUUUAAUGGGUUUGUUAUAUUUCAUGUAAUUUUAUUUAAUUAAGAAGUUUAAUUAAAGCUGAACAUGAAUUUAUAAAAAAAAAAAAAAACUGUCUUCUUGAUUUCAUAAAAUUUAUUGAAAUGUAUAUAUAGUGAUUUUGUAUAGAUGUGAAUGAUAAUUCAUAUUUAAUUAUAAACAAAGGGUAAUAGGCCCAAUAUGACCAAUGUCGUCAUCACCAAUGUUUGUCAUUUCUCGAAUUCUUAUCAUAACCAUUUAACAAUGUUUCAAAUUCGUAUCAAGUUGUUAAAAAUAUUUUUAUUUGAAGAUUAUAUUUAAAAUUUUAUUUUUUAUGUAAAAUAAAUCAAUAUCAAAAGUUAUUUAUUUAUUUAUUUCAACUAUAAUGUGGUAUAAAUGUUUGUUUUCUUUAUAAAUGUCAUUUCUAUUUAUGAGUAAAUAAAAGGUCAUGCAUUUAAUUACAAGUAACAUUUAAUGUCAAAAUGUUUGUUCUUUGUUUAACAAGGAUGUUUUGUUACCCCCCAAAUAAAUAAAAGCUGAAUGG